AUCUAUAUACAUAAAUAAUGUCCUAUUUAGAUAAUGACUGCAGACAGUUACGAACUGUUGAAUUGAUUCCAUUGUUUUGAAAAAGUGCGCAUACGUCUUGGACAUGCGCUGUAUAAAGCAGCUGUUAUUGCUGUUCCUCGCCAUGGUGUGCGCACGUACCGAGGGGCCGUUGUGCUUUGAGUGUGGGGAUGUCCCUGAAGUAUCAACGUGCGAAAAAGUAGUAAGAUGCUAUGAGCGACAGAAGUGUCUCGUUCAGCGUCUACUGACUUCUACUGGCAGAUCUUACUAUAAACUGGGUUGUGCGGACCUGAACAGUUGUAUCAGCAAACAGACAACAUUAGCUUCGAAUCUAAUUGGCAAAAGGCAAACAGAUGGCGACAGUUUAGAAUCCCCGAAUGUGACGUCACAACAGAGAAAGUCUCGCGCUUUAUCGGGCGAUAUCAUAAUAUGCGAUGAAUGCGCCACGGACAUCAAAGAGCAACUAACGAAGUGUGGUUCACAGCCACCAAACGGCAAGCUGUGUUUCAAGUGCGACAACCUCGUGGAUCCGCAUUCUUGUGAUACUGUUAGGCAAUGUAACUCCGAAGAGGAAUGCUUCCUUGGACUGCAGCCUUCGCAUAUUAAUGGAGAGAUGCAUUACUCAAUGGACUGUCGAAGACACUUGGUUUGCCAAGCGCUUCUACAUCUUCAGAGUAACAUAAAUUGCCUGAAGUGCUGCUCGGAGUCGUUCUGCAACUAUGGAGCGUGCGACGCACAUCCAACAACAACAGUUACUACCACUACAACCACAACAACAACAACAACGAAACCAACGACAACAACACCACCAAAACCUGUCGUCGCGGUCAUAGGUCCGUCGACGGCGGAUUACAACAGCAAUGUGACCUUGAAAUGCCAAACUGACGGGUCGGUGGACUCGUAUAUGUGGACAAAAGAUGGGCACGUGCUCUCGAUCUCAACGUCAACGCUGGUCAUUCCGGCACUCAAUUCGUCUACUGCCGGCAGAUACGUGUGUGCAGCCACGAGAUACGGACAAACGGGAAUGGCCGAGUUGAUGCUCCAGAUAACCACAAGACCAGGUCACGUGAUAAAAGUGUCCCAUUACAUCGACAAUGAAGUGUCUGUGUUGUCUUUGAAAUGCAUUACGUCUGGCUACCCCUUCCCUAACAUUCAAUGGAGCUUCGUUGGGACUUCCGGUCCACACGAUAUCACUAAUCUUCCAUUCAACAUGAAGCACUCCUUUGGUAUCAUCUUUGACUAUCGGCCAAGCGUCCACAAUGGCAACUACACGUGCAGAGCCAGCAAUAGUGUUGGUGGAGACUCAAAAACUACUACUGUGCACUAACAACGUGACGAGGUUGGGACAACCUAGACUGGGUUGAUCACUGAAUAAGCUGAUAUGAUGCUGAAUAAAAACAAAUAGCUGAGUCCUGUUUCUAGAUACUAUUUAUUUCAUGAAAAUUAAAACGUUCGACUAGACAAAA